CCCUCCAUACAAAAAUAAAUAUAUAAAAAUAGCACCCGUAACAGUCUUAUCAUUCUCUGCUUAUUACAGGAACUGCCACGUGUAGGCCUGAUGGAUUCUUGCAACUACCCUCAUUUCCUUAUGUUCUUAUAAAGAGACAGCGGGUCAUCUAAGCGUGUCAAGAGGGUCGUCUUUCAGGAACUCACGAAAAACUUAGUAGACUGACAUUAACACUUCCCAUACAGAAAACUUGAAUACUUUGACAAUUGUAACCUCCCGUCCCCAAACAAAGGCAGCGUGUCAAGAUGUUCAUCUAUCUGGAACUAAAAAAAAAAAAAAAAAAACUUUAAAUGACAUUCUAAACAUUCACCAUACAGAAAACUUGAAUACUUUUGACAAUCGCAACCUCCCCUCCCCACACAGAGGCAGCGGGGUCAGCUCAGCGUGUCAGGAGGGUCAACUUUCGGGGGGUCAAGAACACAGGUGCGGGGGAAUGGAAGGAACUGCUGCCUCGCCCUCCCGCCUGCCCCGCCUCAUGGUGCUGCUAGUGACUCUGAGCGGCGCGGCCCUGCUUGCCCUCAACGUGGCUAUAGUGGGCUGCUUCGUGAGGCGGCGGGCGCUGAACAGGAGAGCCUCGGCUUCCUCUUCCACCAAGAACGUGGCAGUGGACGUGUACGGGGUGACGCCAGCUUCCACCCCGGGCCUCCACCACAGCGACAACCACCUUUCCCUCACCACCAUGACUCCCUCCCUCCAGCACUCCACUCCGCCUCCAUACCAGGACGAGCAACAAACAAGCCUGGACGACCUGGACACGAAGGGCAUAGUUGUACCCACGGCCGCACCCACGCACGACCCCACGCCUCGCCUCAACGGAGUACUGCUCGGCCAGAGACCCGCCGACAUUCCCCCGCCCACCUCUGCAGUCACGGUCGCCGCCACCAUCACCACCACAGCCCCGGUCCUCACGGCACCUAUGAGUUCUGACAGCGGGAAGACCAUGACGGGAAGAAUCCAGUCACCUUCUAUUACUACAACCAUCACGACCUCCACAGCACCUUCCGUCACUGGGAAGUCGCCUCGUAGGACUCCUCUACCGGUUAGCGCCUUGGAGGAAGGCAGUGCUAUACCAACAAGUACCUACGAUGCAUUACAACAGCACCAAUUACAACAGAACCCCGACCAGGUCUCACUCACGUCACUGCAAAGCGAGUAUUCACGUGGAUAUGAAUACGCUCACCCACAUCUACAACAUUACCACCCGGUGUGCCCGCACCACCACCACGUGCAGCAACACCACCACCACCAGCACCAUGCAUACACGCCGACGCUCUACCAAACACCGGCCUCCGACCAGGCAUUCCGGGCCCAGUCGAGAGAGAGGGAAGUGACGCAACCAUCUCCAGCUUACUCUGGCCUUAAUCCCUCCGGCCUGUGCAGUCUCAGAGGCACGGAGCAGGACCCGACUGCCACCCUCGCCCCGCCGUCCUCCCUCUCCUCCCUCCUGCCGGGGUCCCCCGCUUCCUACGCCACCCUGGGACCACGAAAGAGGAAACCCAUGCCAUCGAAGUUCGCCAGUCUGCCACGCUCGCGACCAUCCAACGCCCCCGCCCAUUCUCACGCCCCGCGCCUCCCCCAGCCUGACGUGACGCCCGUGCCGACCCAGGCGGUGGAGGGCGUGUGCCGUCAGCCACUCCAGAGCUUCCAUGUACCCGCCCACACCCACGCCCCUCUACAAAGCCACGCAGUGAUCAUGACUUCAACGCCACACGCCUACACGAACGUUGACACGCAAAUGUACACCCACAUGAACCCGCAUACGCAGAUCUACACGCACACGCACCCACACACGUGCACUCAAACGUUCACUAACCCACACACACACGUACACACACACGCGCACGCACGGUCUGAGUCUCUGGGUUACACUCAAGUUCUUCCCGUGCCACAGACACGCGUGCAAAAACUAACCGAAGACACCGACGCCCAGAGAUGUGACCCCAGCAUACAGGUCCCAGUGUCCCGCACCCCGGAGUCGCAGCAAGUCCACACGCAACCCCAGUACCAGGAGACGCCUACGCAACGCCCACAACGCAGCGGCAGCAUCACCCAGUACACAGCGGGCCAGAAACGCACGGAGAGCCCGGUGCAGCGAACUCAAAGCCCGAUUCAACGCACGCAGAGUCCAAUUCAACGCACGCAGAGCCCAGUGCAGCACGUUCAAAGCCCGAUACAGCGAACGCAGCCGCCAAUGAUAAGAAGCAAUAGUCUAACACGCCGGCCCGAGACAUCUCACCACCACCAUCACCACCACCAUAAAAACGCGAAGGCCUCUAGACCCACAACGCAAGACGUCACACUAACUACGAUCACACCCACAACCCCAACCACUACGAGCACUCCCGCCACGAGCUCUAGCGGGGAUGGGGGUCGUCCUCGCUUCCCACACGACUUCGUAAGGCAAAAUUCACUGAGAAGUAAAGGAGAAAAUACAAGUGGUGGUGGUGGUGGUGGUGGGGAGCAUGGGAAGGAGAAAGGAGAGAGCGCAUCGGCCUCAGUCUCCGCCGCCUCCAAUCAUAGAUAAUGGUGACGUCAUCUCCCCGUCUCUUUCUCCCACGGAAAGCCAGAAAUAUCGCUGUAUCUAUAAAUUUUGCGUAGAUAAACUUGAGGGUGAGAGAGCGAGCGAGCGAGCG